UAUUUGGGUGCGACCAUUAGGUCAUGCCGUUAUCGGCAAACUUUUUAUGUGUGUGCAGGGACUGCCGAUGUUGGGUUGAAAAACACUUGCUGUCUGGACACGUCGCACCUGCACAUCGUCGACUCUCGGUAGUUACUCAGCUGCAUAACGAUGGAGCUUAGAGUGAGAUGCUUCUGUCGCGCUCUCAAAGUGCUCGCGAUAAACUCAUUCCUACUGCUUGGCAUCGUGGGAAUUGUCCUACUGACGGCCGAUGGCAAAAAGCGACGCAAUGAGCAGCCCUUCCACGCAGAAGGCAAUGGAAGCCUGGUCGUUCUGACGACCGCAGGCCCCGUCCAGGGUGUCGAGAUCACAGCGCAUGGCAGGACUCUGCACGCCUUUUACGGCGUACCAUACGCCGACCCUCCCGUAGGAGAGCGCCGGUUUCUGCACCCUGUGCGAAGGACCCCUUCCAAGACUGUCACCAUGGCGACCGAGUUGAGGCCUGCCUGCCCGCAGGAUUCCUACUGGUUCAACACGGAGUACGUCAACUCCUCGAGUUUCGACGAAGACUGCCUCCACCUGAACCUAUGGACGCCGAGCGUCCACGCCAACGACGUGCUGCGUCCGGUCGUUGUGUACCUCCACGGCGGGGGUUUCCAGAACGGCGGCAACAAUCUGCACAUCUACGACGGCAGACACUUCUCCGCGCUGGGCGACGUCGUGGUCGUGGUGCCCAACUACAGGGUGAACGUGUUCGGCUUCUUGUACGUCGGCACGCCCGACGCCCCUGGAAACCAAGGCCUGUGGGACCAACGGCUCGCGCUGCUCUGGGUACGGGACAAUGUGCGCGCCUUCGGCGGGGACCCAGAGCGCGUGACGUUGAUGGGCCAGAGCGCCGGAUCGAUCUCGGUCGGUUAUCACGUCCUAUCUCCGCUCACGCGUCACCUCUUUCGGCGGGCCAUCAUGCAGAGCGGUACGCCUUUCUACAAGGUGGAAGAAAACCAGAUUACUGGACCAGAGAAAGCGCGGCGGAUGGCAGCUAGGCUCUGCGGGCCGCACCUCCUGCGGAGGCCCAUGGCACACGUGGUUGACUGCCUGCGGAACCAGACGACUCAGAAGCUCCUGGGCGCCGUCAAGAUGGUGCUGGGACUCAAGGCGUCAUCCUUUAUACCUAUAUCCGGGGACGACCUUCUGCCCAAAGGCCCGCUGGUCACCAUGGCCAACGGCAGUGCGCCUCCGGUGGACCUGCUGAUAGGCGUGAACGAGAACGAGGGCACUUAUUUCCUGCACAAGUUGUACCAAACCAUGGGCAUCACCGAUCCGUUCGCCAUGAGCAACAGGCAGCACGUGACCAUCGUGAAGUUACUUGUCAACUAUGCUCUCUGGGAGGCCCCGGAGGACCUCAUCGAGGGGCUACUGACCAAUGUUAAAGAAGGGACGUCAACGCCAGACCUGGUUCGGCACUUGGCCCAGGGGAUCGGGGACGUGGCAAUGCGCUGCCCGACGCAGUACUUCUCGGACUUCGUGCUGCGCCAGCGGGGAUCGCAGCUCUACCACUACGAAUACGGUUACCGGCCGCUCAAGGGCAGCUUCUGGCCACCCUGGAUGGGCGUCACGCACUUCGACGAGUUCCCCUUCGUCUGGGGAUACGUUUUCGACCGGCCCGAGAUGGCCACACCGCGCGACACGGAGUUCAGCCAGCUGCUGAUCGGCCUCUGGAGCUCGUUCAUCCACAAUCGCACCAUGCAUAUUGAGAAGACAUUAUGGCCGCCGAAUGAACGGCAGCUGACCGUGACCAUGCGGCUCGUGGAGCAACCCCGGGUGCAGAGUGCCGGGUCGACCGAAACGUGCAUCGUGCUGCGCAAGUACAUCGUGCCCUACAGGCUGAACAACACGGUGCACACCUAGGCCUCCAUCUAGCCACGCACCGGGAGAGCUCCGGUGCAGCAACUCACCGACAGAGGGACACAGGGCGUGACUAGUGGAGAGACCGUGCACGGAGACGACGCUUCAAAAUAAAGGCAUGCUAGACGCUGGAAGGCACUAAUAAAAAAAAAAAAAUGUCCGUAACGCGGUGGCAAACUACAUCCCAGCAGCUCGUGUUCCUGUCAAAUCUCCACGAGAGAGAGAGAGAGAGAGAGAGAGAAGCGUUGCUUAAAGGGACAUUAAACAGAAAGAGUAUUUUCCUUCUACAGUACCAUAAAAGCCACUCUACUAUGACAAAGGGCUCGUUUAGCCAGAAAAGACGCAAACACAAGAUACGAGUGGCGACGUCGCCUUUAAGUUCCCGCACCAGGUCGCCGUGACGUCAUAGAUGUUGACGGCGCCUGCUUGAGACUAGCUAAUUGUUCAUUGCAUUUUAAUUAAGGCAGAGAUUGAACAAAGUUUUGGGAACUUUCACAGAGACAACACGGCGCAAAUAUGAAACUAUACUUUGAAAUCUGUGACGUCACUGACGUACGAUUGCUGGGAUUUCAGUGCGGAACUUAAAAAAAAACGAAACUUUGACCUUCAUUAAAAAAAAAAAUAGUGUUUACGUGCCAAAACCAUUUUUUUUUUUAUUAUGAGGCACACCGUAGUAGGGGACUCCGGAAAUUUAGACCACCUGGGGUUCUUUAACGUGCACCUAAAUCUAAGUACACGGGUGUUCUCGCAUUUCACCCGCAUCGAAAUGCGGGCGCCGUGGCCGGGAUUCGAUUCCGCGACAUCGUGUUUAGUGGCCCAACACCACAGCCACUAAGCAACCACGGCGGCUUGAAUGAAUUUCAUUUAGUAUUUGUGUGCACCGUAGAAAUUAAAUCUGCGCAUCCUCAAAGAGUCGUCCGCGGCGACGGCAGAGCUAAACAAUAGUAUUAAAAAGCAUAGAGAAACAUUUCAUUCUUUUUCCCGGUUGGUAGCGGCAAUAGUGUUGUAAGCGUAUUAAGAUUUAGCUCGAAGAGAAAACACGAGUGCAGCGUCUGUAAAUAGUGCUAAACAAUGCUCCUCUCCAGAAUGACAUGUGCGAGCGAAACUUUGCAAAGUGCUAAUUAUCGCGGCUUCGCCGCAAAGUUCUUGCUACUUUGGGCAUUAGUUAUGUCCCCUAUAACCGAAAGGAAGGUCCUGGAUCGUGUCUUUGCUUCAGUUUUGUUUGAUGCACAGUCGACGAUGUGAAGUAUUCGAAAAUUAUUUGAAUUUGCAAAUAGCGAACUAAUCGCAUCGAGACCGAAUCGAAUAGAAGCAAUAGUGUUAUAUCCUGUUUAUCCAUGUCUUCUAUAUAAGUUUUUUUCCCUUUCUACAAGCACUUCUGCUGGCCGCCGUUCAGGUAUCAGCGUCUGAACUAGAUAGAUUAUGGGGUUUUACGUGCCAAAACCACUUUCUGGUUAUGAGGCACGCCGUAGUGGAGGGCUCCGGAAAUUUUGAUCACCUGGGGUUCUUUUACGUGCACCUAAAUCUAAGUACACGGGUGUUUUCGCAUUUCGUCUGAACUAGACUCUUAACACUUAAUACACUAUGUAUACCUCACAAAGCACACGGUAAUCGAGAAGACCUUACUUUUGCCAAUAUGUGCCCGAAGGUAGCGGUUCUCACGCAAUAGUUAUUCAUAGAAGAGACACAGUAUUUGAUGUAUGCAUUCAACAACGCUCACCAAACUUGGCAAGAUAUGUGCGAAUAUAUCGCAAAAAUUUGUUAUCACAGGCAAUGGCCAUGUGUUUGCUGUCCUCCAUGUGGGUCACAACUAUGUAUACCACUUCAAACACACUACCACGUGAAGGACCAGCAAGAAUCACGCGCACUUUUAUUUCAGGACAUCUCAUAAUUUCGAUGAAAGAACCAUCUUGGCAACCCCUUUGUAUAGUGUAUGUCGCUCAGGCAGUUGCUGCGACUCUGGUUCAAGCGCUUGUCCAAAACGUUGGCGUCUUCAUCCAGAAGACUCUGUUCUUGCUAAAGAUCAAAACGUCAGCUCUCAGUCAGCCCUGCUUGUCUACCUGUUGCAAGCCCGUGAAGUGUCCAGCUGGCUCUUGCCUGGGAAUACAACUGAACGGCGUCAUGUCUCUUUAUUCGCGCCUUCAUCAUUCCCACUGGAUCGACGCUCCCCAAUAUUUUUUUGCGUGAUUGUCGAAUUGCAUGGCUUCGCGAAUACUAGCUGUCAAAAUUUAAACAUAUACACAACAAUUAUUUUAAAUGGCCGUGUAGUCUUAUACGGAUCCGAAGUAGCGUAUGGUUGGCCGCCUUGCAAAACCACAGCGCCCCGUGUGUGUUCUCGUAAUUCCCAUCGUAUAAUUUUAUUGAGCCGAAAUUCACGAUCCAUACAAGUCACGAUCCAUACCAUUCGGUACCGGUUCACGCAUAUUGCCUGCGUUCUCUAAACACCGUGCUCAGUGAUUACCAUCUCUGGUUCAGCGUACACAGUUCCAGACCGGUUACUAGAACCAGUCGACAACAGCUUGAGGCUGUAUCAAACUCUACUCACGAGAACAUUCGAUAUAUAUAGAACUAUGUGUGCGCGUGCCAUCACGUUUCCGUAAUACGCGCUUCCCUCCGCACUCAAUGCUUGCGUUGGCCUCGAUGAGUGACAUAUACGUUACCCAAAGUAAGAGAGGCCUCAGAGGAUCUAGGCGCUCCUCGGAUGCUCCCACGAAUUCAGCCAUUGCGGCAGCUCGUAGAAGGCAUCUAUCGGCGGCUUAUCUAUACCUUCUUUUUACAACUUCGCGCAAGUGUUUUUUGCAGGAUCCGCUUUCUCGGUUUCAGUCAUAGGGACGUUCGCAAUCCGACAUUCAGUUUUCCGUCCGAGGCGAGGCAUGCGAUUAUUUUUGUCUCUGGACGUUUGUAUCAACCUCCUUUAAAAUAUUAAUUACUUAUAAGCACACACUACGAUUCCGCGCGUUGCUCAGUUUUGUAAAUAGCUUUAUUUUAUUUGUCUCAAAAUUAAUUGUUCUAUCUCACAUCGACCAGAUCUUUGCCUAUGACACAUUGCAGUUUACGCCAUUCCAUUUAAGUGAAGUCAGUCGCCUCGCUUUCUAUCGUAGGCCUGCCGAGUAAAAGCAAGCCUGUCUGAAAAGGGACACUAAAGAGCAAUAUGCCGUUAAGUUAUGGCAAUAACUUAUCCUGCUGCAAUAGCAAAGCGGAUAUUUGUACCCCGACAUGACAUUUAGUAAGCCAUAAAUGAUGCAAGAGCAAGAGGUAUAGAUGGCGACGUCGCCCUGAAGUUGCCAUGGCUCUGCAUAGCACACCAUCAUGCACUUUUGACAGCGUUUGCUCUUCUAUUUAUAUAAUUCUAUAGUAUGUAAUUCUAUAGUCGUCUACCGGCGAAGGGGUAUUACAUUGAGAAAACAAAAGGCUCACCCUGGCUUAGUAUUCACUAUUAAUGUAUACUUCGAAAUCCCUGACGUAGCACCCCCGUGUACUGAUGCUGCUGUUUCGGCGCGAAAUGCACGAACGAGAAGUUACUCAUUCUUGCCUGUAAUAGUUAACCAACCAUUUUCCACCAAAUGAACCUUAAAAUAUAGUUUUGACAACCCGCCGUGGUUGCUCAGUGGCUAUGGUGUUGGGCUGCUGAGCACGAGGUCGCGGGUUCGAAUACCGGCCACGGCGGCCACAUCUCGAUGGGGGCGAAAUGCGAAAACACCCGUGUACUUAAAUUUAGGUGCACGUGAAAGAACCACAGGUGGUCGAAAUUUCCGGAGUCCUCCACUACGGCGUGCCUCAUAAUCAGAAAGUGGUUUUGGCACGUAAAACCCCAUAAUUUUUGAAUAGUUUUGAAAGAGCGCCUCGAACAGACUAUGAACUGAUUAAGCGUUUGCUUAGCAACUCUGUCGUAUAACCCCAAGCCACCCUGCAACCUCGAGUGCAUGCGCACGUGAGUGCAUGCACACGUGCACAUCACACGUUUGGAGAUCACACUCACCGUCCGCGCAGAAUGACGUAAACCCGGUCUUCCAGUCCGCGCUUGCUCCCAGAUCGUCCGAGCGUGGUGCGGCGAGCGAUCCAGCUGGGACAAGCCUGUGGUCUCGACGUACUGAAGAGUUUCGUAAACAGUACGCUGAGCGCUCAGGCCAAUCGCAGACUGGACUGGGCACGCGUGUAUACCAGGUACACACGGGGAUCCUCCGAUCCUGAAGGAAUUGCUAGUGAAACGGUUUAUUACACCGAUAGAGAAGCGGGUUAGAGAAAUUAAAAGGGUGUUAUAAAUAACCCUGACUCUUUUUUUUUUUUUUUCUGUAGUCCUUUGAGGCACUUCAUGUUUAUUUGAGUAUAUGGGUCGCAAACUGUUCACACGCGUUCUCUAUAGCUUGGGUCUGAUGUACAAAUAGUAGCCGAGUAGUUUAACAUUGCUUGGGGUGUUUUUGAGUUUACGCUUCAGGAAACAGAGUUUUCGAAAGGUAGAUGAGGAAAUAUUAUUUACACAGUAUAUUCCAGAAUAAGUUGGCUGUCAGUGCCACACCUGGGCG